AUGAAGCGAUUGUUGCAAGAGUCAGAGGAAGAAAUCAUGGUCACCUUGGGACCCUCCUCCAGGAUUUCCCCAGAUAAAGCUAAGGCAGAGACCAUGUGUGGCAUCAAGAGCAAGUCCUCAGGACCUGCUGAAUCCUUACCAGAGGACAGCUCCAUGCCCCCUCGCUGUGGGUCAACAGCCUCAGCCAUUGGUGGGGAUAGAGACGGGGGCCUGGCCCAGUACAGCAGCUUUGGACAGGAGGCCAGCAGCCCGCUUCCUCUGGGCUCCACAGCCCAGAGGUCUAGCUCUCAGGACCUCUCAUCUGCCAGCAUUACCACCAGCUGUCAAGAGUCCUCAGAAGGGAAUCAAGCCAAGUUCCUUUUGUCCAGGGGCCAAGGCUGGAGCCUUGAACAACAAGGACCUUUGGGGGAUGUAGUGGACUAUAUAAUCAGAGAGCUGCAAGGCAUCAGUCGUCUCCAAACUGAGAUUGCUGAGCUGCAGCAGCACUUGAGCCAAGUCCAGGGUUCAGUGGAUGAAGUCUCUAGCUGUGUAGACUCAGUUCUGAGUGAAAUAGGCUUGCAGGUGGGCAGCAGCUCCCUUGCCAAGGUGUGUGCAGGAGGAAAGGCCCAGGAGCCCCAGGUGGGAAGACUUCCUGAGGAAGCCAUUCUGUAUCUGUAUGGACUUCCUGAGCAAGAUGGGGAAAAUACCUUGGAGCUGGUGCACAGCUUCCUGGCCAAGCAUGUCUGUGUUAAUGGCAUGCAGUGCAAUAGGUACAUCAAAGAGGCUUAUAGGGCAGACAGUGCCCAGGCCCCCAGGCCCACUGUUGUGAAGCUUGCCCAUGUAGAGCACAGAGACUUCAUCCUGCAGAAAUCCAUACUCUUGCAAAGUGUAGGGGUCCGGAUUGCCACCAAAGAAGAACCAACCUGGCCACCGUGCUUUGGGGAAUACAGUAAGCAUUCCCCAAAGGAGUCUCUAUCAUUUUUGCAACAACAGCCUCAGGAUCAUAAUUCAAGUUACUCAAUCCCAGACAAACCAGUUCUUCACGUCGAAAGAGAAGAUAGAGGACCCUUGAAUGGAGCAUAUCAAAUGAAUGCCCAGAAUCAGCAUAGCGAACCCUUGAUCCCUGAACAGCAAAGCCUUUGCUUCCCACCCAGGGACAAUGUAGCAAAGCCAAGUGAUUUGUCUAAGCCAGGGGAUGAAGUAAAAGGAACAUCAGAAACAUCCCAAGUCAUAGGUGGCAGCUGUGGUGAACUGACAGAGAGAGAGGCUUCUCUGUCUGCCCUUCGUCAAUUAGAGGAACCUUCCCUAGUGUUAAUCUCAAAAGAGGGGGAUUCUGGGAAAUCCCAGGUUUUCAGACCAUGUAGUCAAGGACUUGAAGCAUGUGAAGUAGCAAAAAGAGAAAACAACUACAGUGAUAAACCUGAGGACAGUAGCUGCCUGUCACCGUCUGGGUUGCUGAAGACAGAGGACAAGCUCCUGGCCUGUGAAGCCGGACUUGAUAUUUUGAGCUCAAAGCAGCUAGAGGACCUUUUGACAGACAAAUCCAGAAGGUUUGCAACUAUGAGCUGUGACAGCAUGAUGGAGCAAAUUAUCAUAGGGCCUGAGACUUUCAGUGGCAUGGUUCCUAUUGACUUGAAUGAAGAGGAGGAAUGUGCUGCUCAAGUCCUUAAAGAUGUCUUUGAAAAGUCCUCUUGUGGUGUGAGUGGCUCGCAGGAGGAUGAAGAUGUAGAAAUUAAGUUUUAUACAAGUAAACUGGGCCGAGCAAUUCACCACUUUCGUUCAGCUCUGCAGGGAGUGUUUCAGAAGCUGGAGAACAGUGGGUCAAUCAGUCCUGAGGACCUGGAAAGCAAUGAGAGUUGUUCACAGUCAGAGAACAGUGAUAGACUUCUUGGGACAACGAGUUCAGGGGGUGCCCAGGAUUUCUCUGUGGAGAGCCCCGGGAGCCAGGGGAGUGAGAGCUUGCUCAGUGUGGUCUCUGGCCGAGUGGGCAUCUCCACACAGGGAGACCAAACCUCUCAGGAUCCCGGCAACUUCUCUCCGGCUUCUCAUAGCUCACCUCUUGCAUAUUCAUUGCCAGGUUUGACUCUGGCUCCGGGUCUGGAAAGUGAAAUGUGUUCCAGGCCUGAAUCUCCCAAGCAGGGCAGACUAAGCUUAGAGCAAGUGUGUGCAGAGACCAUCUACCUCAACAAGUGCAUCAACAAUUUUAAGAAUGUUCUAAGAGAGAAAAGACUGAGGCAGAAAAAACUUUUGCAUGAUCUGGUCCAGAAGGCAAACCAUCUCUCGGUAGAAGACAUGCACCCAGAAGGAAAGCGAGGAGCCCUUCAGAUUCCAGAUGAUGGCGACUCCUCUUUGCCCCAGUGGCUCCCAGAAGGGCCAGCAGGAGGGCUCUAUGGCAUCGACAGCAUGCCAGAUCUACGCAGGAAAAAGCCACUGCCACUUGUCAGCGAUCUGUCAUUGGUCCAGUCCCGGAAGGCAGGGAUUACUUCUGCAAUGGCUACUCGUACCUCUUUCAAGGAUGAAGAGCUGAAAUCCCAUGUGUAUAAGAAAACUCUGCAGGCCUUAAUCUACCCCAUCUCGUGCACCACACCCCACAACUUUGAAGUCUGGUCUGCCACUACCCCGACCUACUGCUAUGAGUGUGAAGGCCUGCUCUGGGGCAUUGCCCGACAGGGCAUGCGCUGCAGCGAGUGUGGAGUCAAAUGCCAUGAGAAGUGCCAGGACCUGCUCAAUGCUGACUGCCUACAGCGGGCUGCAGAAAAGAGCUGUAAACAUGGAGCUGAGGACCGGACCCAGAACAUUAUCAUGGCCAUGAAGGACCGCAUGAAGAUCCGAGAGCGUAAUAAGCCUGAGAUUUUCGAAGUUAUCCGGGAUGUCUUCACUGUGAGCAAAGUUGCCCAUGUGCAACAGAUGAAAACAGUGAAGCAGAGUGUACUGGAUGGCACCUCCAAAUGGUCGGCCAAGAUUACUAUCACUGUAGUGUGUGCUCAGGGUCUGCAAGCCAAGGACAAGACAGGAUCCAGUGACCCUUACGUGACUGUGCAAGUGGGUAAAACCAAGAAGCGUACCAAGACCAUUUUUGGGAACCUGAAUCCAGUUUGGGAGGAGAAGUUCCAUUUUGAGUGCCACAACUCUUCUGACCGUAUUAAGGUACGUGUGUGGGAUGAAGAUGAUGACAUCAAGUCGAGAGUAAAGCAGCGGCUAAAGCGAGAGUCUGAUGAUUUUCUUGGCCAAACCAUCAUCGAGGUUCGGACACUGAGUGGCGAGAUGGAUGUCUGGUACAACCUGGAGAAGAGGACAGACAAAUCAGCUGUCUCAGGGGCUAUUCGACUACAAAUCAGUGUGGAAAUCAAGGGGGAGGAGAAAGUUGCCCCGUAUCAUGUGCAGUACACAUGUCUCCAUGAGAACCUUUUUCGUUACCUCACAGACAUUCAGGGCAAUGGAGGAGUCCAGAUCCCUGAGGCCCGAGGAGACGAUGCCUGGAAGGUGUACUUUGAUGAGACUGCCCAAGAAAUUGUGGAUGAAUUUGCUAUGCGCUAUGGCAUCGAAUCCAUAUAUCAGGCCAUGACGCACUUUGCAUGUUUGUCAUCCAAGUACAUGUGUCCUGGUGUGCCAGCAGUGAUGAGCACCUUACUCGCCAACAUCAAUGCCUACUAUGCCCACACAACUGCCUCCACCAAUGUCUCUGCAUCUGAUCGCUUUGCAGCCUCCAACUUUGGGAAAGAGAGAUUUGUGAAACUCCUGGACCAGCUCCACAACUCCCUGAGAAUUGACCUCUCUACAUACAGGAAUAAUUUCCCUGCUGGGAGUCCUGAGCGGCUUCAAGACUUAAAGUCCACAGUGGAUUUGCUGACCAGCAUCACUUUCUUCAGGAUGAAGGUGCAAGAACUGCAGAGCCCUCCAAGAGCCAGCCAGGUGGUAAAGGAUUGUGUGAAGGCCUGUUUGAACUCCACAUAUGAGUAUAUCUUCAACAACUGCCAUGACUUAUACAGCCACCAGUAUCAGCUGAAGCAGGAACUACCUGCCGAGGAACAAGGACCCAGCAUUCGGAAUCUGGAUUUCUGGCCCAAACUUAUCACACUCAUUGUGUCAAUCAUAGAGGAAGACAAGAAUUCUUACACACUUGUUCUGAACCAGUUUCCUCAGGAGCUGAAUGUGGGAAAAGUCAGCGCAGAAGUGAUGUGGCAACUUUUUGCCCAAGACAUGAAAUACGCACUGGAGGAGCAUGAGAAAGACCGGCUGUGUAAGAGUGCUGACUACAUGAACCUACACUUCAAGGUGAAGUGGCUCCACAAUGAAUAUGUACGGGAUCUACCUGCCCUCCAGGGGCAGGUACCUGAGUACCCAGCGUGGUUUGAGCAGUUUGUCUUACAAUGGCUGGAUGAGAAUGAGGAUGUAUCCCUGGAAUUCCUACAUGGGGCCCUGGAACGAGAUAAGAAGGAUGGGUUCCAGCAGACAUCAGAGCACGCACUCUUUUCCUGCUCUGUGGUGGACGUCUUCACACAGCUCAACCAGAGCUUUGAGAUCAUCCGAAAGCUGGAAUGCCCAGACCCCAACAUCCUUGCCCACUACAUGAGGAGAUUUGCUAAGACCAUCGGGAAGGUGCUGAUGCAGUAUGCAGACAUCUUAUCAAAGAACUUCCCAGCUUAUUGCACAAAAGAGAAAAUGCCCUGCAUCCUGAUGAACAACAUGCAGCAACUGAGGGUCCAGCUGGAGAAAAUGUUUGAGGCCAUGGGAGGCAAGGAGUUGGAUCCUGAAGCUGCAGACAGUCUGAAGGAGCUGCAGGUGAAACUGAAUACAGUUCUGGAUGAGCUCAGCAUGGUGUUUGGAAACAGUUUCCAGGUGCGGAUUGAUGAGUGCAUUAAACAAAUGGCCGACAUCCUGGGCCAGGUGCGGGGCCCAGGGAAUGCAUCCCCCAACGCCAGGGCCUCAGUGGCUCAGGAUGCAGAUAGCGUUCUCCGACCUCUCAUGGACUUCCUGGAUGGCAACCUCACCCUUUUUGCCACUGUGUGUGAGAAGACGGUCCUGAAGCGUGUACUGAAGGAGCUCUGGCGGGUGGUAUUGAACACAAUGGAAAGGAUGAUUGUUCUGCCCCCACUCACUGACCACACGGGCACUCAGCUGAUCUUCACUGCUGCCAAGGAGCUGAGCCAUCUUUCCAAACUCAAGGACCACAUGGUGCGAGAGGAAACACGGAGUCUCACUCCGAAGCAGUGUGCUGUCCUUGACCUCGCCCUGGACACCAUCAAGCAAUACUUUCAUGCAGGAGGCAAUGGACUGAAGAAAACCUUCCUGGAGAAGAGCUCAGAUCUGCAGUCCCUCCGCUAUGCCCUAUCUCUGUACACACAGACUACAGAUACCCUCAUCAAAACCUUUGUGCGUUCACAGACUGCCCAGGUGCAUGAUGGGAAAGGUAUUAGGUUUACUGCUAAUGAGGACAUUCGGCCGGAAAAGGGGUCUGGGGUGGAUGAUCCUGUUGGAGAAGUCUCUAUUCAGGUGGACUUGUUUACACAUCCUGGAACUGGAGAGCACAAGGUCACAGUGAAAGUGGUGGCUGCUAAUGACCUCAGGUGGCAGACAGCGGGGAUGUUCCGACCCUUUGUGGAAGUGACCAUGGUUGGCCCACAUCAAAGCGAUAAGAAGAGGAAGUUCACAACCAAGUCAAAAAGCAACAACUGGGCCCCCAAGUACAAUGAGACAUUUCACUUCCUCCUGGGAAAUGAAGAGGGGCCAGAAGCCUAUGAAUUGCAAAUAUGUGUGAAGGAUUACUGCUUUGCCCGAGAGGAUCGUGUUCUAGGGCUGGCUGUGAUGCCUCUGAGGGAUGUGGCAGCCAAGGGCAGCUGUGCCUGCUGGUGCCCCUUGGGCCGGAAGAUCCACAUGGAUGAGACAGGCAUGACCAUCCUCCGGAUUCUGUCUCAGAGGAGCAAUGACGAAGUGGCUCGAGAGUUUGUGAAGCUCAAAUCGGAGUCUCGUUCCAUGGAGGAGGGGAGCUGAGCACCUGAGCUCCUGUGCCAACCAGAUGGCACCAGUUCCACAAAUCAGGGCCGUGGGAGUUACUAUGUAGCCAGCUUAGGUCCUCCUAGUGAAGAGGCUGACUUCUUCAGUUAAACACAUUUAAGGAAAAUUUUGGGGUGAUGGGAGUUUGGCUUUUCACAGAAAGGGUCAUGAAUCCCUGACCAGUAGGUCUGUGGUGCUAGGGGGUUACUGCAUAGGGAGAUUUUUCCAUAAAGAGAGAGGGACAGACAUUUCUGAGAGUGUCACCCAUUCUUGGUAGACACACCUCCACUCGAUACCCCAUGUCUACCCCUCUCCAUACUGCACCUUAUCCAGUUGGACCCCUAUGUACCAAUCAUUAGAAGAACAAGUUGAGAGGGCCAGGAGCUUGUGCCUGGCCAGCUAAGUAGUCAGUUGAGCCUAUAGGUAUCACUGAGCCCUGUAGUCUAGAUUGAAAUAUAGCCAGGGCUAGAGCACACAGAAUAGAAUUCACACUGUCCAUUGAGCAGAAUCCACUGGUUUUGUGUGCGUCCAGUGAGAAAAAGGCUUUGAAACUGAACAAGAUACCUCUAGAAAUGAGCUCUGUUAAUCCCUUACCCAGUUUAUAUCUGUCGUGAGCAGAAGCAGGUUCAUAUGGUGCUUCAGAGCCUUGAGCAGAAUAUUCCUUGGAACCCAAGUACCAGAGGCUACUUUCCCAGGAGUCCCUCUACCUCACUCCUGUAGGAAGGGAAGUGAUGCUUCAGGACAUGAGAGGCUGUUUUUGUGUGUAUGCAUCUGAGGACUGGUUGAAGGAUCCAGGAGAGGGGACUAUAUUCCCUUCUUGGGUGGGCCCCGAACAAAGCCAAAAAUUUUGGGAAAUUAGUCUAGAAGGAGUUCUCCUCACUUACGGCCACUGCCUUCUGGUUGUCCCCCCACUUGUAGAAAGAAUCUAGCCUUUGACUUCACUCCUUUCAUUAGGUCAGCUGUGUCCCCCUUAUAGGUGUUCAGCCCUCUGGAAGAAACUUGGCCUAUGAUCCCUCUAUACAGGCUGGGUGGAGGAGGGCCUCAACAUUCCCUGGGAGGUUAGAGACAAACUCUUGCAAGGGGUCAUGUGGAAUUUCCAGGCCUUUGCUCAGAGAAAUGACACGGUCCUUUAAUAUCCUUGGUAGCAGCUUCCUGGACUUCCUUCCUGGACUUUCUGAGGACUCUGCAUUGUCCACAGCUGUACUGGUCAUUACAUUUAACAAGAAACUAAGCAUAUUUGCUGUUGUUAAUUAUUGUAUGUGCCAUUGUUACAGGAGAUUAUUGGCUAGUCUGUAAUAAAUUAUCUUAUAGCAGCCUUUGGGGUCUUGUAAUUCUGCUAAAAUGUGGAAAGUUGUAGAAAUGACUGUCCUAUAUAAUGGCAUAUGUUGGACCAGUGGACUUUGCUGCUCUUCCCACCCCCUCCCCAAACCUACCUCUCACUCACCCCUGCCCCUGCAAGUGGGGGAUAAGCACCAAGCAGUAACGCAGCCAAUGUGCUAGCAUCUUGGCCUUAACCUGAGACCACACAGUCCAGUUAACAAAAGCAUGAGACCCAGGGCAUGAGCUUCCUGCAAAAGUUCCAGAAAAUAGGAGAUGGCAUGUGUGAAAACUAACCCAUGCUCUAUCUUUCCUGUUCUAGGACCACAAGGCUUUUCUUCUAGGACAGACACAGCCUGGGCCAUAAGAACAAGGCAGGGGCCUCCUGGGGAGAGACGUGUCUCCUGAGGUUGGGGAGGGUUGAGGCUGCCUGUGCAGGACAGAGGUGUAGGCCUAGGAGUGCACAGUGGCCUUUCAUGCAGGGAAAUUCAAGGAUAAAGUCUACUCCCAACAGGGAAGAAACAAGGUAAAAGUGAGGCCUCCUGGCAUGGGAAUCAGAGAAAGUGUUCACCUACUCUCAACUUGCCCUGUCACCACUUAACAGGGUGGCACCCAAAGGGCACCCAUUUAUCCAUUUACCGCAUAGAGCAGGCCCCCAGCUAAGGCACAUUAACUCAGGGAGUUAUGUCUACUUUUCCAGCACUACCCAAAUUCUCUGAGAAGGGAGCUAACUAGAGCCUCCCAGUUUUUUAUUUCCAUU